AAUUGUGUUGUGCUUGAGUCAAACCCCACACUUAUUUUUGGUCUUCUUUUUUAGGUGUGGAAUGGCGGCAGAGAGUUCUGUAUUUAUCAGUUUGUAGGGUUUAAAUUAAAGCUUGGAAAACACAAAAAAAUGUCUGACAAGGAGGAAAUGGCUUCAGAAGGAAGCCUGAAUGUUACACUGACGCUGAGGCUGCUGAUGCAUGGAAAGGAAGUUGGCAGCAUAAUCGGGAAGAAAGGAGAAACAGUGAAGAAAAUGAGGGAGGAGAGUGGCGCUCGUAUCAACAUAUCAGAGGGAUCAUCUCCCGAGAGAAUAAUUACCAUCACAGGACCUACAGAGGGCAUCUUCAGAGCGUUCUCCAUGAUCGCACAGAAGUUUGAGGAGGAUAUUACCGCAGCGAUGACAAACAGCAACGUGACAAGCAAGCCACCUGUGACACUUCGCCUGGUUUUCCCAGGAAGCCAGUGUGGCUCCCUGAUUGGCAAAGGAGGCUCAAAGAUCAAAGAGAUCAGAGAGACCACAGGCGCUCAGGUUCAGGUGGCAGGAGACAUGCUGCCGGACUCUACAGAGAGGGCUGUCACAAUCUCCGGCACUCCACAGGCCAUCACUCAGUGUGUAAGACACAUCUGCUCUGUCAUGCUGGAGGCUUUUGCAAUUCCAGGGCAGUAUGCAUUUGCGCAUCAAGAUUUGACCAAGCUUCACCAGUUGGCUAUGCAGCAUAUCCCCCUCCCUUCCCUUGGGCAGAGCAACCCUACCUUCCCUGGUACGUACCCACGGCUCCCCAGGGAAGUCCAUCUAUCCCUCUGUCUUCACUCCUCUUCGAAAUCACAGCAUUCCUUGUCCUACUUUGCAGGAUUGGAUGCAUCGGCCCCCACAAGUUCACAAGAGCUGGCAAUACCUAAUGAUUUUAUUGGCUGCAUAAUUGGAAGACAGGGCAGCAAGAUCAAUGAGAUUCGCCAGGUCUCUGGAGCUCACAUCAAAAUUGCCAGCGCUACUGAUGGCUCAGCCAUGCGCCAAGUCACGAUCACGGGCUCGCCGGCCAGCAUCAGCGUCGCCCAGUACCUCAUCAACGCCAGGCUCUCAUCAGUGCAAACAGGCUUGGGUGUUCUGUAGUAGCGUUGCGCUGUUGCAGUUCUGAUGGGAUUAUCCUAAAGCCACAUUGGAUUCUAGUGGAUUUCACUCUACACAGUAAUCCUGUAGAGCGGGACUGGCCUAACUCAUUUAUUGUUUCUGUACGCUAGCUUGUUUUCUUGUUUAUUCUCCAACCUAAAUGACUGGAAUGCUUCAGCACGGAAAUGGACGCUGAGCAAUUAUUUUAAUAAAUGUUUUAUUCAUGUGUUUCUGAUGUGGGUCUACCCCCAAACAAUGCAGAUUUGUAAUAUUUGUUGAUGAAAUGACUUUGAAAUAAAUGGGACUUUUUAU